CGUAUUAGGCGGAAAUAUUUGGUUGAGUGUAGCGGCGGGUAAAGUAGGUCUGCUAUUCCUGAUUUGUUUUUUUAAGAGAAAAGACAGUUAUAAUUGCUAUGAAAAUGUAUAGGUAAACGUGUUGUUCCGUUUUUAUGCGGGUCACAACAACAAGCCUAGCUAGAGUGGAUACCUCGCUACACGACGUUUUGUUUAUAUUUUUUAUGAGCAUCUCUAUUCGAGCCCCAAGAACAUGGCCGACUCCAUUAUUUUGAGCACUGGUUGCCCCGGACCUUUAGAGAAAAAUGUUGCACAAACACCUGAAACAAUUCCACGAAAAGUAGUGGUAUUUGACCGUCGUCUAGAAAACGGAGACGCCACCGAGAAAGUACUGGAUAUCCAGGGCAUGGAGUUCAGUGCAUUUCUGAGGACUGUCGCAAAGGAGUUUUCCAUAUCUUCAGAAGAACCAUUUGUCCUGUUGACCACAGACAGGAAGGAAAUUAAUGCGGACCGAUUUCCGGAGCUGAAGGAUGGAAAUACUUUACACCUUCUUCGGUCCGUUGAUCAAGUCUUGUCAGUGUCAACAAAGGAACGCAUCCUGUUUCUCCCGCAUUAUGACACGCUUAUCAAAAGUGGCAUGUACGAGUACUAUGCCAGCGAGGGGCAGAAAUCAUUACCUUAUGCCUUUGCUGAACUUAUUGACAAUGCCUUGUCGGCAACUUCAAACAAUGUUGGGGUCAGGAAAAUACACAUUCGAUUGAUGUUUGAUGAGUCUCAGGGUAAGCCCGCAGUGGUCGUCUUGGACAACGGCUCUGGAAUGACAUCAAAGCAGCUCAAUAACUGGGCUGUCUACAGGCUGUCCAAAUUUACUAGGGAAAGCAGUGAAUUUGAGAGCGAUCAUACGGGCUAUGUUCGACCUGCUCCAGUUCCUCGCAGCCUAAACAGUGAUAUAUCUUACUUUGGAGUUGGAGGAAAGCAGGCUGCUUUCUACAUCGCGCAGUCAGCCAGGAUGAUCACCAAGCCAGCAGGAUCGAUGGAUGUUCACGAGUUGCUUCUCUCAAAAGACGAGUUUGAAAAAAAGGAGAAAAAUAAAGAAGAUAUUUACAAGGGUUACAUUCUAAACAGAAAGCCAGGUGACUCCACCCACAUUACCAAUGAGGAUGAGCGGUUCUUGCACAGUCUCAUCGCUGAGGAGGCAGGGCAGGACAGUUUUACUGCUGUGGUUCUGACUGGAGUCCAGCCAGAGCACAUCGCCUACCUGAGAGCCGACUUCCACCUGUGGACCAGAGAGCUGGCGCAUGUGUAUCAUUAUUACGUUCAUGGUAUCCAUGGAAACGACACCCGGCCUUCUAAGGUUGACACUGAUACCUCAGGCAACAUUGAUAUUCAGAUCUGCUUGUUCGAAAAGCUGAAGGUGCCAAGGGUUGUGAACCUUAGAGAGAUCAAUACUGACAUGCAGACUCUGUAUGUCAAGUCUUCAGUGGACACAUUUGAGUUCAAGGCUCAGGUGGAAGAGGAUGGCACUGUGGAAGGCGUUCUUCGGUAUCAUCCAUUCCUUUAUGACAGAGAAACCUACCCGGAGGAUCCGUACGCCAUGCCAACCGUGCCGAUGGAAGAUGAUGAAGACUGCAUCAUCUCUAACCAAGAAGGCCGAGGGAAGAAGCCCCUAUUUGAGUGCUUCUGGAACGGGCGGCUGAUACCGUACACCACUGUGGCAGAGUUCGACUGGUGCGCGCGGCCCAAGAAGUCGGGACCCGUGCCGGCCGAGUGCUUCAACCGCAUCUCGGGCGUCCUCUUUGCCAACGACAAGUUCCAGGUCAGCACCAACAAGCUGACCUUCAUGGACCUGGAGCUCCGGCUCAAGGACAAGGAGACCAUCUUCACACGCAUCGUCAACGGACAGGAACAGAGAGUGAAGAUUCACAAAGAGUUCACUCAGUGGCUGAAGGACUGUCAUGAGAAGUGGGACAAGCAAAUUAAGUUUUCCGGGUUUAAUGGCACCAUGACACGGACGGACGUCACCACAAAAAAAAUGCAGACACCAUGGGCAAGGUUUACAUCCAUCGAGUGGGAUGGGAAAACGUACAAAGCUGGUCAAUAUGUGAAAUCUGUGAAAACCCAUCCCAUUUUAUUUGGCACAAUUGUGCAGUUCCUCCUGUAUGGCGAUCAUGAUGGGGAUGUGCACUCAACUGGGGGUCAGGUCCAGGUGGCUAUGGAGCCCAAGGCAAUUUUUGGUGAAGUGAGGACCAUUCCCAUCUCAAAGAUUGACAGAGGAGCCACUCUGACUGCCAUUAGGAAGUACAUUGAUGAUGAAUUAGCAAAGCUUCCAGACCGACUGAGAGUGACCUGGCCAGAGGGAAACGAGUGGAGCCAGAGGGAUGUUCGUCCAGCUGGGACUGUGUUUGGCCCGAUCCAUGUUGAGAUCCUGAACAAAAAAGGAGAGUCAAUGGCGCGGAUGCCUGGACCCAACUUCAGUGCAUCAAAGAAACUUCUGAUUGAAUUAACGGUUAUUUGGCAUUCUCCUGCUGGCGAUGUUGAAACAAACUCUCACAUCUGCCAGCACGGCGGGAAAUGGGCGUAUUGGUUUAAAACCAUGGAGAACCUCAGCAAGCUUGGGAAAUACACCCUGUACCUGCAGACGGUGCUGAACGAGAGCAACGCCAGCGUUUGUGCCGGAGAGCAGCUGCCGUCCUGGAAGCUGGACUUCUCCAUAUGUGAGGGAUGUCCUGAAAGGUUUGUGGUGGGGGCAGUUUGCACCCCUUACAGAGUGUGCGAGCCCUUCAGCAUCUCACUGGAGCUGCUGGACGCUUUUGGGAACCCCACUCGGCCUACUGCUGACCUGACGCCUGUCCUGGAGUGCAGCAACCUGGAGUUGAGUUACGAGGAGACCAAAGCAAGUGGAACCACUUUCUCCAUUAAAGGAGUUCGAGCCAGAGGCCGUGUGAAGACCUGCCUGGGGAAGGCCUUUAAUGUGAAGAUCACCUUGCCGGGUCUGAAACGGAACUCUCAGACCCUGAAAAUAAGCCUCCUCCCUGGUCUCCCUCAUUCUCUGAGCGUCAAACCGGACUCUGAGGAAACACCGCUGGAGAACGGAAAAGCCCCCAUGUUCCAGGUGGAGGUGAAGGACGAAGCAGGGAACGUCACCACUCACCCCAAACUCAUCGUGCAGUGCCAGUUGCAAGGUGCUCCCAACUUGCCCAUGGCCGCUGUUGAUUGCAGUAACUCGGGAACUGGGCUGCUAUUGGACAAGCCAUUACACAUUAAAAACAUCCAGAAAGAUCAGGUCAUAAAGGCAAAAUUUGAUGUCCCAAGUCUCAAAAACAUUGAAGUAGUGGAGAGGACACUGAAGAUCACACCUGGUCAUUGUGUGGCCAAGUUGGAGAUAUUCUGUGAGGAGGACGGAAAUAUCAUGAUUUUUGGAGACAAGGAAAACGUUGGCUGGACCGCAGGAGACGUCCUGGAAAAUCUCCACUAUCGACUGUUCGAUGAAGGGAACCGCAGUGUCCCCAUUACAGCAUCUAUAGCACAGAAGAUCAAGGUGAAUUGGAGGGCAGAUUUAAACAUUGAGGACCUGCAGGAAGGAAAUCUACCCACCCUGCUCAUUCCCAAUUUGGUGAAAGAUGAACAUUUCUACCAGGUUUCAUUUCAGGAUGAAAAUGCGUCCGUGGAGUGUUCCUUUACCAUCAAGCCCCGUCCGGACGAGCCCAAGCGCAUGAAGGCCACGCUCAAGUGCGGGACGUCCGUGAGGAUGGGAGAGGAGCUGCCCGGGGCGAUCUAUUUGGAGGUGGUGGACCAGUUUGGUAAUAAAACGCAAGCCUUGACGUCAGCUUGCGUGAGUUCAUUCGGGGUGUCGGCGGAAGGCCUCGAUAAAUCAAGCUUGAACAUCUCGUGGCAGGAGAAAAUGGAGGUGAUCAUGGUCCAAGGAGUGAAGUUCUUCAGCGGCGUCCUGGGAUCCAGAGAGCUGUGCUUCGCCUGGAGAGACUUCGUGGAGUACGUGCGCAUAACCAUCACGGCCGGCCCUCCGGUCAAGCUCCGGCUCCUGGACGGGCCUGAGGAGCCUUUGCAGGUCAUCAACGGGAAGGGCAUGGAGAAGCCUUUCACUGUACAGCUGCAGGACGAGUGGGGCAACCCGUCACCUGACCAGCGAGUCGUCAUUUCUCUCAGACCCUCAGCCACGGAGCUAAAGAUGAAACAUUCACCGGCAUCGCAGCCGGUGGAUGCCGAUGGGAAGGCGAGCUUCACCUUGAGCCAAGUGAUGGCGCCCAAGGGAGAAUAUGGCAUCGAGUUUAAAGCCAUGUUCAAUAAGAAGAGUAUACCAGGACCCACGGUGAAACUGAAAGUGGUGCCGGAUCCUAACAAACCAGUCAAGCUGUCAGUCAGCUACGAUACCAACUCUGUGUUUCCUGCUGGGGGGUUCCUAACUGUUUUUGCAGUGACGGUGGUGGCUGAGGAUGGGGGCGCCAUAGCGAAUCUGAGCCCCGCCUCCAUGUCCAUGCUGAUGUGGAAGGGCGAGUCCUCUGGCCCCAGGCCUCCUCCGGGCGCUGCCACCCUCAAGUGCAGUAAGCCCAAGGACACUGAGAAGCACGACUGUUUCUACUUCAGAGACAAAAUAAUCCCUGACCGCGUUGGGAAGUACACAAUUCAGUUUGUAAUGUGUAUCGAGAAAAAUAAAUGCCUGUGGAGCAAUCAGUACGUAAUCAAUGUGGUGGCAAACGCUCCAAUGAAACUGAUGACGGAUUCCCAGCCGGCGACUCCGUUGGUUUCUAAUAUCCAAGCAGUGGCCAGUCGGACCCUGAUUGAGAGCAUGUGUCUGAAGAUCAUGGACGAGUACGAUAACCCGGCAGGCUGCGACUUGGACGGGUCAGUGCUGGUCUCCAUCAAGAGCUCCGACGACAUCGAGGAGCUCCCCCUGUUUAAGGGGAAGUGCAAAACCGCGCUCUUCCCCCUCUGCAAGGGCGUGGCCCACAUCAAGAAUCUUAUCAUCAUGGAGAACUGUCCUGGCACUGAUGGGACAGAGUACAUCCUGCACUUCCAGCCCGUCAUUCCUGGUUUCAAAUCAGAAAAUGAUUUGAAACCGUUUGAGCUUCCCUUCCUGUUUUAUAAUGAUUCCAAGAACCAAGAGCAAAUGGCGACCUUGACCAAAAAAAAGGACCGACUCUCCCAGUCACUCAUUGUGUACAGAAGUUUGUUUGACACAAACAAUCAGUUGAUCUCCGAGAUGAAAGAUCAGCUUCAGGAUGCUACCAACAAAGAGGCUCAUCUGAAAUCUGACCUCAGGAAAAUGCAUAUAAAUAUGACACAGCUGGGAACUAUGGAAGAGAUCGAUGCGCUAGUCAGGGAGAAGGUGGCGGAGCAGGAGAGGAUACGGAGGCAGCCGCGAAGAACAUGCACGAUCCCCGACAUCUUCAGAAGCAACCCAGACGUCCUGGGAAAGGUUGCCCACCUAGCGCGGGUGGAGGACAAUGACGUGGCGAAGGUCAUCUCCUGGCACCUGUCCGGGGACAUGGACUGCGUGGUGACGCUGACGACGGCCGCCGCCCGGCAGAUCUACGAGGACACCCAGGGCCGCCAGCAGGUGAUGCCUCUGGACUCGGUCUUCUGGAGGAGCAGCAACAGGCCCCUGCCUCACAUAAGGAACGGGCAGAACAGCUUUGCGCCGGUUGGAAACCCCGUGUUUGUCCGUGAUCUUCUCAUUUUCCCAGAACACGCCGAAAGCUGCCGGAUCGUCUUUGGAAAUCUUCUGGGGGAUACCAUUUUGGUGGACAACUUGGAUGCUGCUAACCAUUAUCGCAAGGGGGUGGUGCAGAAUAAGACGCCGUGCCCCACUCUGCUGACCAGACAAGGCGAGCGGGUUCGCAGCAAUGGGAAGUUCGGAGGCUUGCAGAACAAGGCUCCGUCCAUUGAGAAGCUGCGAGGGCAGGUGUUCGGCGCGCCCUUGCCGGAACAGUAUUACACGCUCCACAGGCAAAUCGAGCUGUUGCAGCAGUACCGUGUUGCCGUGGCGAAGUGCAAACAAGUGAGGGAGGACUACGAGGUGCACAUGCAGUACAUGCAGUCUCCGGAAAUGGUGGCGAAGGAGGGAGAGAUGAGGGCGCAGGAGGCGCAGCUCAAAGGCAUCGAGCACGAGCUCGGCAUGAGCCCUACGAGAAGGGGGAGUGGCUCUGCGGUGAAGCGCCCUGCGGUGGAGUCUGGAGAACCUUCCGGAAUCAAUUCAAAAAGAGCCCGUCGUGGGGAGAGGGCUUCAGCCUUGGAAAAUGCAGUAACUCCUGGAAGGGUGACAAGGAACAGGACACCAUAAUGGCAUAUGAAUAUGCAUAUUAAUUUCAUGUUUUCUUAAAGUUUUUCAUUUUAAAUUCAAACAAUAUUGGCAAACGCUUCUGAAACAUUGUGUUAAAAUUCCGUUUCUAAUACUUUCCAGACAGAGGUCAUAUGUUCUUUUUUUGUAAAUAUUUUAAGUUGCCUACUGACAUUGUCCUUUUUGGCAUAUGCGCUUUUUUGUUUCAUGUUUAAAUGAAAUAUGGAAAGAAUUUACACACACUGGAAGUGUAUUUUCCUUGUUUAGUCCUGAAGUGGUCCCUGUAACUGCGGCACUUUUAAUACUUUGUACACUUUUCUAUUGAAAUUCUUUUGUAAUAAAAUUAUUUUUAUUUUA